CUCUCUCUCUCUCUCUCUCUCUCUCACACACACACACACACACACACACACACACACGGAGCUCUGGAGCAUAUAAGCCAGUAGGGGCUAACAUUAGCCAGCCAGCCAGCUAACUAUUGCUAGCUUAUUUUGUGGGAUUGAGGCGACAUUUCGCAGGACAGACCAAUAUUGGAUGGAUAUAAACGUGUAAAUCAACUGGAGUGCCAGAAAAAAAGCAUGCUAUCUCUAAAUUUGCCCAUCACAGCAGGGGAAAGCAUCCUGACAGCUGAGGAUGUUAUUGUCAGAACACUACAAAAAUCAACAUUUGCCCUAAGCACCAGUUUGUGUGGAACUAGCAACACAAGAACCGACAUGGGUACACCGGGUUCAGGACGAAAACGGGCACCUAUCAAGGACCGAUUCUCUGCUGAGGAUGAGGCCUUAAGUAGCAUAGCGCGAGAGGCAGAGGCCAGACUUGCAGCAAAGCGAGCUGCCAGGGCAGAAGCACGAGACAUCAGAAUGAGAGAACUGGAGCGGCAACAAAAAGAGUUGUCUUACCGCCACUCAUCCUCUAGUAAAAAGUGGGGGCAAAUCCAGCAGUGGAUGGCUGACACAGAAAAGGCCUGCCAUGGCAAUCCAUCCAGAAGCCAGAGUCGCAGAAAGGUCCUGGAAGAUGAUGCAGUGUCAGUCCACAGCAGUGGAAGUUACAGGUCUUCUGCCUCGUCGCUGCUAGGCAACUCCAGCUUCAUGACCAGUUCUAGGAAAAAAAGCUUGGUGUCUGAUGCCAGUAGUUCCCACUUGAAGAGCUCUCAUUCCACUAGCUCAGUGUAUAAUGACCUUCACAGGAAGGCUGCUUCCUCCAGGAAAAAACCUGACCUACUGAUGGGAUUGUAUUAUGACCAAAGGAAAUACAGCAGUCUAAAGAGCUCCAAACCACCUCCUCCUCUCUCCUCCACUAUCUCUAUCCAUCAACCCCGGGCUUCCAGCACUACCUCCACAGGUCUGAUGCGUAGCUACAGCGCGGCCUCAAUAUGUGAUGCUGGUCUCUAUGGGCCAUGUGGUUCCAGAGCUACGUCAGAAUACAGCUGGUGCUCUUCUGGUGCUAGUUCCACCCGCAGUAGUCCAGCGUCCUCUUCUGAUGACGAUUCUGCCAGCACUACAUCUCAGGAUCACAUCAAACGUGGAAGGAGGGAUAGUGUGUCAUCUGAGCUUUCUGACAUGAGUGAGACUGCUGCUGACUAUUUCAGCCGUUCGAACCGCAGAGGUAGUAUUGUUUCUGACCUAGAUGAUCUGAGCAUCCCAGAUCUGGACAUUUUGGAUGAAAAAUGUGACAAGCAGCACUCGGAUUCCUUCAGUCGGCCCUCAUCUCGAUGUGCCACUCCAGGCCUAUCUGCUGCCACACUUGCCUCUCUUGGUGGUUCUUCAUCCAGACGAGGCAGCGGGGACAUGGCCAGUAUUGUCAUCGAACCGGAUGCCUCUUUCAGUGAACUGAGGGACAUCUAUGAUCUAAAGGACCAGAUUCAGGAUGUAGAGGGGCGCUAUAUGCAGGGUCUUAAAGAGCUGAAGGAAUCUCUGUCUGAAGUGGAAGAGAAGUAUAAGAAGGCCAUGGUGUCUAACGCACAACUUGACAAUGACAAGUCAAACCUCAUCUACCAGGUGGACACACUCAAGGACGUCAUUGAGGAAUUGGAAGAGCAAAUGUCAGAGCUGAUCAGGGAAACAGAGGACAAGUCAAAGGAAUUAGAGAGACAAAAGCAUACAUGUUCAGUCCUGCUGCAUAAACAAGAGGAGCUAAAAGAGGGAAUCCGUCAGCGAGAUGAACUUAUUGAGGCAAACCAGAACAUUCAGUUCAAGUUAGAUACACUCACAAGGGAGGUGUUUGACCUACAGGAAACUGUUAACUGGAAGGACAAAAAGAUUGCGGCCUUAGAGAGGCAGAAAGAGUACUUUGAUUGCAUUAGGAAUGAGAGGGAUGAGCUCAGAGAUGAGCUGGCUGACCUCAAGGGAAAAUCCAAAACAGUAGAGAAACAUGGGCUGGUUAUCAUUCCAGAGGGCAUGCCCAAUGGGGAUGUGAGUCAUGAAUCCCCCACCUCAGUGAUCACUCUUGUCACCCAGGAAGCUGCUCAAGUGCUGGAGUCAGCUGGAGAUGGACCUCUGGAUAUUAGACUACGAAAGCUUGCUGAAGAAAAAGACGAACUCUUAUCCCAAAUCAGGAAACUAAAAACGCAGCUACAGGAGGAGAGACAGAAACAUUCUGUGAACAAGAUGGAAAGUGUUUACUCCGAUGGGGAACGGCUAGAAAAUGGCACUGACUUGAACAUCAUUGAAAUGCAGAGAGAUGCCAACCGACAAAUUAGUGAAUACAAAUUCAAGCUUUCAAAGGCAGAACAAGAAAUGGGUACAAUGGAACAAAAUAUAAACAGACUUGAAGGUCAGGUGUUAAGAUACAAAGCAGCAGCUGAUAACUCUGAGAAAAUUGAAGAUGAACUAAAGGCAGAGAAAAGAAAACUUCAGAGGGAGUUGCGUGGUGCGCUGGACAAAAUUGAAGAAAUGGAGAUGACCAACACCCACUUGGUGAAGCGACUGGAGAAGAUGAAAGCAAAUCGCAAUGCUCUCCUCUCUCAGCAGUGAUAAGAUUAUCCUUGGACACUUUGCAUUCUUAACAGUCCUUAAAUAUCUCAGAUGUUUCUGUCACACACUGCAAAUGCUGCUUUUGCCACCUACAGUAACACCUCACAUAUAUGGGAAACCAAAAAGAAACACUUGGCAGCAACAAGAAGUACUUUACAUUUUUUCACUACAGAUAAAUUUUGGUGCACACCUCAGUUUGCCUGGAAGGGAGUAAGUAUGGUUAAUUGAUUCCACUCCCCACCCCUCCCCCAAUUGUUCAGCCCAGGGGCUUUUUUUUUUAUUUUUUUAUUUUAUUUUAUUUUUUUUGCUGGUAUUAUGUGUUGUGUUUUGAAAGCUUUGUAUAUCAUGAUUUUCACCAGGGUAAUGUUGCAUAGAUUGGGUGCUUGAUUCCGCCUAAUGUCUUCUGCUUGAGCAAUAGGCUGCAUGAAUGAGUGUAAAAGUGUAUUUUACUUUCACUUCCACACAGCUGCGCACAUUGAUAAAUGUUUGUAACUAUGUGCCUUUGUUCACUCGGGAACUGAGGGUUUGCAUUCUAAAGAAAAGAAAUGGAAUCGGUACAGAAAAAAUAUAUAUAUAGGGAUUCAGCCUUAUGUGAUAGUAUAAAUCAAUACUCAACUAUGGUUUCAAUGAGGUUUCAAAAAUAUUUAAAAUAAAGGAGUAAAUUGGA